ACUGCAUAGACAGCCAACUGCAGAAUUAAUGCUCUCUAUUUUCACUUUGUUUCACCUAGGUUCAUGAUGUUAUGUCAUCAACUAGUGCUUGUCUUUGGACUCUCACUAGCUAGUGGGGUGUGUGCAUCUAGAAGCUGCUACUCAGAAGCCCAAGUCUCCAUAUAUUUUUUCUGCAACCUCACAGAUAUUCCACUUGUGCCGAAGGACACGGUGAAGCUUUUUCUAACUUCCAACUAUAUCAUACGAGUGACUGAAACUUCGUUUCCGCUGCUGGAGCACUUGUUGUUGUUGGAAUUUGGAACGCAGUUGGUCUAUCCUGUUACCAUAGGGAAAGGAGCUUUCAGGAACCUGCCAAACCUUCGUAUCUUAGAUUUGGGAUACAACAGGAUUCUUCAACCAGAUCUUGAUGCUUUUGUGGGUUUGCGAAAUCUGACUGUACUCCGUCUGUUUGGGAAUUACCUUGGAAAUUCCAUCCUUGAGGAACGUUACUUUCAAGAUUUGAGAUCAUUAGAAGAAUUGGAUCUUUCAGGGAACAAAAUCACCAGACUUCAGCCUCAUCCAUUAUUUUAUAAUCUAACAGCCCUGAAAACUGUGAACCUGAAAUCCAACUACAUAUCCGACCUGUGCCAGAGCAAUCUUACCAGCUUCCGAGGAAAACAUUUUUUAUUGUUCAGCCUCAGUUCUAAUUUUUUGUACAAGGCAGAAAGUGUAGACUGGGCCAAAUGCCCAAAUCCUUUCAAAAAUAUUACAUUUAACUCACUAGACCUUAGCAAAAAUGGCUGGAGCACGGAGAGAGUCCAAUAUUUCUGUACAGCCAUUAAAGGGACUCAAAUCAGGUCUUUAAUAUUUAGCACUCAUAUAAUGGGUUCAGGAUUUGGCUUUCAAAACUUAAAAAAUCCAGAUAAUUAUACUUUUGCAGGAUUAGAAAGAAGUGAUCUUAGUUCCCUUGAUAUUUCAGGGGGUUACAUUUUCUCUCUCAACCCUUUAGUCUUUCAAAGCCUUGGUAAUCUGGAAGUGCUGAACCUUUUCAAAAACAAGAUAAAUCAAAUCGAAAGACAAGCAUUUUUUGGCUUGGGCAACCUAAAAAUCCUCAAUCUCUCAAGUAAUCUGUUAGGUGAGUUGUAUGAUCAUACUUUUGAGGGUCUACGCAGUGUAGCAUAUAUUGAUUUACAGCAGAAUCAUAUUGGGAUGAUUGGUGAAAAAUCAUUCCAUCACUUAGUAAGUCUGAAAAUAAUUGACCUCCGAGACAAUGCCAUUAAAAAGCUCCCUUCCUUUCCACGUCUGACGUAUGCCUCUUUAGGUGACAAUAAGCUAAUGACUGUAGCCUACACAAGAAUAGAUACAGCAUACCUAGAUUUAGAAAGAAAUUGGUUGGCAAAUGUAGGUGACCUGUACAUUCUUUUCCAAGUUCCAGAUCUGCAAUAUAUCUUCUUAAAACAGAAUCGGUUCUCUUACUGUGUGAAAAGUGAUAAUGCUAUACAAAAUAGUCAGUUAACCUAUAUGGAUCUGGGUGAAAAUAUGUUACAGCUUGUGUGGGAGAGAGACUUAUGUUUGGAUGUGUUUGGGGCACUGUCCAAACUCGAGGUUCUCCAUCUGAAUAACAACUACCUCAGUGCUCUUCCACAGGACAUUUUUAGAGGUCUAACAUCUCUAAAAACCCUUAAUCUGGCUUCCAAUCUGCUGUCUCAUCUUUCUCCUGGGCUUUUUCCGGAGAGCCUAAUGUACCUCAACUUAUCUGGAAACCAGCUGCUUUCCCCUGAGCCUGAAGUCUUUAUGACUUUGAAUAUUCUGGAUAUAACACAUAAUAAGUAUGUCUGUGAUUGAUCUUUAAAGAGCCUACUAGUGUGGCUAAAUGAAACCAAUGUAACCCUAGCUGGCUCCGAAUCUGACAGGUACUGUGCCUACCCACCUGAAUUUGCAGGGGUACCACUGUCGUAUCUGGAAUAUGAUGGUUGUGAUGAAGAUGAACUCCAGCAGGCACUCAGGUUCUCACUAUUCAUUGUCUUCUCUGUCACCUUUCUCAUGUUUCUGGUGUCAGCCAUCAUUUUUACUCGCUGUCGGGGGAUUUGUUUUAUCUGGUAUAAAACUAUCACCAAAAAAAUAAUAGCCAGCCAUCCACAAGUAACAAAUAAAUGUGAAUACAGAUAUGAUGCGUAUCUGUGCUACAGCAAAAAUGACUUUGAAUGGGUCCAGAAUGCUUUGCUAAAGCACCUGGAUUCACAGUAUUUGGAUAAAAACAGAUUUACCUUGUGUUUUGAGGAAAGAGACUUCUUGCCUGGGGAAGAACAUAUCAAUAAUAUUCGUGAUGCCAUUUGGAACAGUAGGAAAACAAUUUGUAUUGUGACCAGGCAGUUUCUCAAAGAUGGGUGGUGUGUGGAAGCCUUCAAUUUUGCCCAGAGCAGGUACUUCUCUGAUCUGAAAGAUGUCCUCAUAAUGGUAGUGGUUGGGUCACUUUCUCAAUAUCAACUGAUGAAACACAAACCAAUUCGAAACUUCUUACAAAGGAGUCGGUAUUUGCGGUGGCCUGAAGAUUAUCAAGAUGUAGACUGGUUUUUAAAUAACCUUUCGUCCCAGAUUCUGAAGGAGAAAAAGGUACAAAGGAAAGCCAAUGGUAUUGAGCUGCAGACUGUAGCAACCGUCUCACACUGACAGUGUGUGAGUUCCUGGCAAAUAUCCCAUUUCCAGCUGUGCCAUGGCAGGAGUAAACAGAAGUUUGGUUCAUCUUUCCUUGAAAAGACAAGGUAGAAUGAUAACUGAUUCAGUGUAAAUCCUACAAAACAUAGAGACAGCUUGAAAGCACCGAGCAAAUAGACGAAAGUACUAUUAUUUUAUAUGGACUAUGACACAUAUUUUCAGAAGAAUUAAAUGAAUCAUAGAUACUCCACAUUUUGGAUGUUCAUCUUUAGACAAUUCAGUCCUGAUUUUCAGAGUACUACCUACUUCAUGGGUCUGUUUCAGUUAGAGAAGGAUGCUCAUGGUUGUUUUUUUAAAAAGAGCCCAUGGAGUGACCAAAUAUGCUUUCAGGCACUGCCUGACCAUCAGUUCAUGGACUAUUUCUGUGCUUUCUGAACCUGUAACUUCUCAUGCUCCAUUUCAAAGUCAAAUCAUUGUUUCGCACCUUUAUGCUUUAAAUUGUUGUAACACAGAUUUCAUUUGUUUGCUUCCUACUCAAUUAUCCUCAGCUUCUCAACUGGAACAUACAAACUUUGGACUUCAUUCGUGCCCUUUCCCUUCACAACUUCUGUUGUCGUAAAGCUACAGUCACUGGUCUACUUCAUUUGCUGCUGUUUCAGCCUAGUGCUUUUUCAGUUGAGCUGCCUUCUGCCCUGCAGAGAGGAGCAGGCAUUCCCUUUGGAUCUGAAGCAAGCCUAGGCUUGAAAAGCAAACAAGAGACUACCUCAGUAGCCGUGCAGGCUGUACACCUGUGAC